UUUGGCUCCCGACAACAGAGCUCUUUCGGCAUCGGGCAGCUCAUCGUCCUCGUCGUCCUCCACAAUGGCGACCCUUUUUUCCUUGGCCAGAGCCAGGCCUCUCUACCUCUCUCCUAGCACCUUUCUCACAUCUCGCGCAACGACAUUCCGAAGCCUCCAUGUCUCGCCCAUAGCACGAAAAUCGAAAAAGGGGAGAAGGGCGGCGAGCGCCGACGUUGACAACCUCUUCACCGACUCGAAUGACACGUCCGGCGACCUCUUCACCUUCACAUCCUCCGAGUCCACACCCACCUCACCGUCAGCCUCCAAUACUUCCCCGACGGGGCUUAGUUCCUCACUGCAUCCAGCCUCCGCCAAUACGAAGCACAACGGCCGCCUUGAUCCAGCGGCGCGGGCACAGCGGUUCGAAGAGCUCUUUGUGUUCGUCCAGGUGCACAUAGGUCGCAGCCCCACAGCCAAGGACGCGCUUCAGGUCCGCGACUCCGCAUGGAAGCACCUCUUCUCGCUUGCCAAAGAUCGUGCGCAGAUGGAGCGCGUAGUCGCGAUGUUCGCACAAUGGCGAGAGGGCGGGCGGACGUUCAAGCCCGACAUGGUCAUGGCCUUCGUCCGUCGCUGCGAGGAACUCAAAUGCCCCGACCUCGCGCUCGACGUGUUCUCGAACCGCCCAAAAUAUGGCAUGGACCUUGCCUUGCCCGCUAUAGGGCGCAGGCUACUGCACGCGCUGCACGCACACCACCCGCUCUCUGCCAGCGUCACCCUUGGCGCACUCUACGGGCUCUACCGUCUCCCCUCGCUUGCCUCGGACCCCAUCGCCUGUGCCCUCCUCCUAACUGCAUGUCUGCGUGCCACGACCGCCUCUGCUAUCCCAGCCCCUCCGCCUUCCUCUGUAUCCUCCUCCACAUCACCUGACGCCCCGAGCGAUGCUGUCACCAUGCCGCCCAUCGCGCCCGCUAAGUCUACCGCCAAGCCUGCGCGCGUCGUCGCAAAUGCGCUGCUCCCCGUACUCCGUGAUCUACUCGCGAAGACGGAGCCGAUGCCGAUCGACCCGAAUGGCCCACGUAAGGGCGCGGGGCACGCGGGCGAGGUCGUGCGCGAGCGCGUGUGGCUCAAAUGGUGCUUGCAGCGCAUCGAACGCGCGCUGGUGAGCCGCGGCGAGGACGCGGGAUGGGUGCAUGAGUGGAGGGUAAGGAGUGGAUAUGUGAACGAGGAGACGAUCGGGCGCGCAGCGGUAUAGUAGUGGUUUGGAUUAAUGAUUGAGCGGGUUUUCUUUGCGCUGCGCAGCGUUGCUUGGAUUUGAUCUGGAUUUUCGACUUGAGUGUAUGUGCGCCGCGUGCGGUGAUACGAGGUGUCGUGCGCUUUCUGUCAUUCUUACUCACGUUCUCUCUCUCUACGUUGGGCGCGCGGUUUCGACGUGAGUGGCAGUCAUCGCUUUCUGAUCCUGUUUCACAUUGCGGGACCCGCAGUCUGCCAAUGGUAUCCUCGACCGCGCCGUC